AUGGCGAGUCCUGAAAACAAAAAGGAGGCCACUUCUUCUUUCUCCACUUUCCAGAAAGAAACAAGGAGCAUGUCGAACAUUUUGGACGAAAAGUUCAAAAAUGUCAAGAAAGAAGCUGGCACCCAAAUCUGGCGCAUCGAGAAUAUGGAAAUGGCCGAGGUGAAAACCGACGACUACGGCGUCUUCUUCAGCGGCGAUUCCUACAUUAUUCUCAAGACGAUCGAGAAACGAGCUGGCACUGAGCGGCGCAUCCACUUCUGGCUGGGCGAAGAGUCCUCCGUCGAUGAAAGAGGAGCGGCGGCGAUUUGGGCGACGCACUUGGACGACUGGUUCGGCGGAGAGCCCGUCCAGUACAGAGAAACGCAGAACCAUGAGUCGGAAAAGUUCAUGGGCCUCUUCGCCAACGGCGUUCGUUACAAGAAAGGCGGCGUCGCCGGAAAAUUCAAAAAGAUCAAUCCAAACGAAAACACUCAGAAAACGCUCUACCAAGUCAAAGGAAAACGACGCCCCAGGCUUCAAGCCAGAGUUUUUAAAUUCAAAAAAUUGGACAUCAAGUGGGAGAGCUUCAACGAGGGCGACGUUUUCAUCCUCGAAUACAAGAACUGGCUUGUUCAGUGGAACGGCAAGGCCGCCAAUCGAUUCGAAAAGCUCAAGGCUUGCCAGACCUUGGCGGAUAUGGCGGCGAAAACGGGGCGGCCGAAGAAGGUGAUUGUCGAACAAGGAAGAUCCCACGAGGCUCUUAUUGAAUGUCUGGGCCCGCUUCCAGACACGUACGCGCCCGGAACUGACGACGUCGAGUUCGAAAAGGCAUCUGCUUCCAAACCACCAGCGCUGUAUUGCGUCGAAGACAACAAGAAACUCGGCGAAGGCAAAGCCAUGAAGCAAGAAAUGCUCCUAACGACGAGCGCUUUCUACAUUGUGGACAACCUCAAGAUCUACACCUGGAAAGGCAAAGAGUGCCCCAAAGAGCUGAGAAAGAAAAUUCUUGUGGGAAUUGACGAAUUCUUAUCGGCGAUUGGAUUCAAGGGUCAGCCGCAAAUAGAAGGCCUGAGCCAGGGCACGGAGACCGCUCCUUUCAAGCAGUUGUUCGCCUCUUGGAAGGUGGCUAACCAGACGCAAGGAAUUGGAAAGGCAUACGUCGAAAACUCCAUCGCUAAAACUAUCAAAGGGAUCGAACAUGUCGACAUUGACGGAGCAAUGCGAUCUAAUUCGCGAGCUUCGACCAGCGAUGCGCCCAAAAUCGAAGACGAUGGUCGAGGAGAAGUGGAAGUCUACCGAAUCGAGACCGGCUCGAAAAGUGGCUCUGAAAUGGCGAAAAUCGAACGCGACGAUUUUGGACAAUUCUACGGCGGCGACUGCUACAUCAUCGCUUACUGCAAUCACAAGACUCGUCCAAAAACUGAAGUUGUCUACUUCUGGCUCGGUGCUAACUCCACUAUAGAUGAACAUACAGCUGCGGCGCACCACACAGUUAACCUGGCGAAGGAAAAGGGCGGCUGGCAGCAGGUGCGCGUCCAACAGGGCAAAGAGCCGCACCACCUCCAGAAGAUAUUCCAAAACUUCAUUAUCUACAGGGGCGGCACGUCGCGAAAAGGCGGCCAAACGGCGAAGCUGAACCCGACCAUGUUCCACUGUCGCUCAUCGAUCCACGGCUACACGAGAAAUGUGGAGGUCGCCGUUACCGCCGAGAAUCUCAACUCGAACGACAUUUUCAUUCUCGUCAAGGACAAGAACUGCUGGAUGUGGAAAGGAAAGGGCAGCAACGCGGCCGAACUCACCGCCGCGGAAGAAGCCUUGGACUUGGUCGUUGAUGGAUGCAAGAUCAAGCAGAUUGAGGAAGAAAAAGAGCCCCAAGAGUUCUGGGACGCAAUCGGCGGAAAGAAAGAGUACGCGAAAAUCGACGACGCAGAUGCAAUCGACAACGCGAAGCUGUUCGUCUGCUCCGACGCAAGCGGAAAGAUGCAGGUGGAGGAAAUCGGCGAGGAUUUUACGCAGGGCGAUUUGAUUCCCGAAGACGUGAUGAUUCUGGACGGAGGGGCGAUGAUCUACGUCUGGCUGGGCAAAAAGCCAACGCGAAUGAACGAAAAGACGGGCCAGAGAUCGCGAGGAGAUACGCCGCCGGCUGUCCCGGAAGAAAGAAGCUUUCCAUCAUCGAAGAUGGCAAGGAACCGCUCGCAUUCAAAGGCUUCUUCCAGGGCUGGGACGACAAAUACGACGCAAAUGCUGUCUUCGAAAGCAUGA